AUGGAUAACUUCGAAGUGCCGACAAUCCCGAAGAUAUUUGUUCCGCAAACAAUUUUCACAAAACCUGAAUCUCAGAGUUCAUCGAAAAACUUGGAUUCUUCGGCCAAGUCUUCAAACUCGGGAAACACGACUCAAACGACAGCAUCUAAUUCAUUGGUCAAACCAACACUCCAUAAGGAGACCAGAGAAAACACGACACCUUUGCCCUCAUUCCCAGCGCCCCCGCAGUUAUGCGCCUCCUGUUCCCAAGUCUUGUUGCAAUACUUCGUUCCCCUCCAACACUAUGUCAAUGAAGUGAUUAAAAUAACCCGCGGAGGAGAUAAUGGAAUUCCUAUCACUCCACUCGUGGCCAUCCAAUCCACAACCACUAGCGCUGAUGUCUCGAGCCUUGAAAAUGUAAAUAAGUCUUCCGAUUAUAACAGAGAUGAACAACAUUUGAAGACAAACUCCGGCAAUGAAUCGAUAACAGAGCCAUAAUUACGACAAUCAUUCCCACCAAAGAACAAAUGAAAGCAAUGGAAGAGAUGGCCAACAAAGCGAUUCCAGAAAUUACAGCCAAACUUCAGAACCGACACAUACUUCACGAACGAGUGAAUCGAUUGGAAACUCUAGACAACAGCAUAAUGUCUUUGAAGGC